AUGGCGUCGCUUUCCAUCAUCCCAAUCACCACUCGCCAACUUACAACCAUUCGUAGCUUCCUAACCUCACCAAUCGUUGAAAUUAUCGUUGGGAAAGGUGACAAAGAGACUGUUAUGACAGCUCAUCAAUCCCUUCUGAUGGAGGCACCACUAUUAACCGAGUUUGUGAGGACCUUUGAAGCAUCAGGUCCGCGACGCAUCAGCCUACCCGAAGAGGACGUCGAUGCCUUCAGUUGCUUCCUCCAAUUCCAGUACACGCGUGAUUACACUGUCGUUCAAAUGGAAACUCCUACGGAAACAGCCGAAGACAAAAGCGGUGACGAGUUACUCCGCCACGCGCGCAUCUACACGCUGGCGGAGAAGCUGGGCCUGCCAACCCUCCAGCGCAUUGCCCAUGGCAAGAUUCACAAGGUCAAGAGCUCACCUCACGCAGAGCUUUCAUAUGCUCGUUACGUAUACACCCAUACGCCAACAACAGACACUACUAUCCGGAAGCCUGUGGCGACUUACUGGGCGAACCAGAGUCACCUGCUGCGCCAGGAGGUUGGCGACGACUUUAAGAAGCUGUGCAUUGAAGUCCCAGAGUUCUCCUUUGAUGUUUUGACUAUCAUUCUGGAUCGAAAGCUAAAGAACGGAUCGGUGGAUGAGAUCAAGGGAAGUGCGCGCAAGCGUAGAAGAGACAUCUAG